AUGAAAUCCCUCACUGUAUAUACAGUUUACAAAAAAUUAAAAGCAUUUAACAAAAGGAAAGCAGCUGGUCUUGAUAAAGUACCUUGCAAACUUUUAAGAAUUUCAGCUGAAAUAGUUGCCCCAUUGUUAACUCAAAUACUUAAUAAGACUAUAAGUACAAGCAUCUUUCCUACAGACUGGAAGCUAGCGAGAGUUACUCCAAUUUUUAAGAAAG